GAGAGAGAGAAGGGGAAUGAGCGAGUAAAAGAAACAACCAAGUGAAUUUCAUGGAUUGAAAUGUAAAAAAAAGAAAAAAGAAAAGAGCCAGAAAAAAAUCGAUCGCUCGCCGUACUUGAUUGUAAUUAGUUAUCAAAUUAUUUAAUAAUCCCCUUAUACAUUAAUAUGAUAUAAUUAAAUAAUGAUGUAGGCACCUGCCAAGUUUAGCAUGUUAUAUACACUGCCGAAACUUCUAUUAAUUUUAUUAUUGAUCAUGAUUAUUAUUUAUUGUUUUUUAUUGAAAUAUUUUAAUACUAAGGUUUUUGUAACAAGCAUAUUUUCUCUUUCAUUCCUACCUUCCAUUUGCGUGAUUUAUCACAUAGUAAAAAAAAAGAAGAAAAAAUGAAUCUUGCAAAUCGUGGUAUAAUGAAAAAUAUUGAUAUUGUUGUAUUGUUAUCAUUUUAUUUGCCCGAUCUCUUCAGCGCCGAGAAGAAGAAAUAAGAGAGAAAAACAAUAUAGAAUGGUAGACAAAUUUUUAAGCGUAUAUCAUCAAUUGAAGAAAUUUAUUACAAAAUUGCCUGAUUAUGUUAAUUAUUAUCUAUGCAAUAAUAUACUUUUGUUGUAAACGAAAGGAAAUGCUAGUACGUUUGUUAGGAUAAUACAUUGAUUUGCUGCGUGAGCGAACAAUGGUUGAAAUAUAGGUAUAUAUAUAUAUAUACCAGAAAUGAUCAUAAUACGAUUUUAUAGAACCGAGAUGUAAACAGUAUCUGUAGAUAUAAUGCAACAAAGUACAAAGUUCUACCUGAACAGAUUAUAUUUCAUACAGUAUCUGUUUUGUACAUCGAGUAAUCAAUGCAUUGAAAUAUACCACAUUUUUAUCUUAAUUUAUUAAAUCUUUAAUCGUUCCAUUGAUAAUGCUGUUAUCAUGUUUAUUAAAGGAAAAAAUAUAUAUUUUAUAUUAUUAUCUAAUCUACACUGUAAAUUAUACAGAAUACGGGAUUUGUGGUAAAAAAAAGAACAUAUCCUAUGAAUUCCGUUUCCUAUGCACCAUGAUGCACGUUAACAUAGAAUUACUGCUAUUAUUAUAUAAUUUGUUCAAAUUUCAGUGUCAAUGACAUUUGCAAUAGAGGUGCCAGCAUACAUUUUGCAUUUUAUAUAUUCUUUUGCAAAAGAUAAACAAUAUACGGGUUUCAUAAGUUGCAUCCAUACGCAUAUAUAAGAACAAGUUUGUCAUUUUUCUAAAUACUUGAACUUGAAAUUCAUAACUCGCGUUAUGGCUUUAGUAUUAAAAACUGUUUUGUUACUUUUAUUUCAUUUAGUAUACGGUCAAAACACGCAGGAUAUUGAAAUUAUUUUAUUACCAUUGUGGAAUGCGGAAGAUAAAUCAGAGGUACCCCUAAAUUUCAAAGCUUUUGAUCAUUCGGUUGAAUUAACAUUACAUAAAAAUGAUAAAAUUAUAGCACCUCAAUUUCAAGUUUGGAAGCAUAAUGAUGCAGAUACUCUGGAAGAACUACCGGAACUUAAUAAACCAAUAUUGUGUCAUUAUCUUCAUAAAGAUAAUCUUAGUUCGGCAGCAAUAAGUCUUUGCGGAGAACAUGGAAUGUAUGGUUUAGUGUUUCUGAAGAAUAUUACAUUAGAAAUCAUGCCUCUUCAAAGUCAGGAAAUCUCAUUUUUCGAUAAUAUUAAACGACGUUCAGAAACAUUGAGAGAGCCUCAUAUCGUCAAAAGAACUUACGGUCCUUUUACGUUUUUUGAAGAUGAACUGAAGUAUUACAUUCCAGUUUACAAUUACUUAAGGAAAGAAGAAGGAAAUCAAAACGAAGAACCACUUGAAAAUAUCAACAAAAAUAAUAUAAACGAUGCUUUAACAUUGGAAUUAGCACUGUUCUUUGACGAGACUGGUUAUAAUCUUUUUUCACCUUUUUUUGAUAGAAAUGAUGAGAAAAUUCUUGAUAUGUUACUAGCUUAUAUAAAUGGUAUACAAGCGGUUUAUCAUCAUCCAAGUUUAGGAAUUGCAAUCGAUAUUUCUCUUAUUAGACUCGAAAUUAUGCAAAAGCAACCUGAAGAUUUACCCCAUCAUGAUGGGGAACGAGGAAAAUUAUUGGAUUCUUUUUGCAAUUAUGCUAAGAAGAAUAAUCCCACGAAUGAAUUUAAUCCUAAUCAUUGGGAUAUGGGAUUAUAUGUUUCUGGUUUGGACUUUUAUGUUAUGGAAGGUGGACAAAAAAAUAGUGCUACUAUGGGAUUAGCUAUUGUAAAUGGAUUAUGUAUCGAACAAUAUUCUUGUGUUAUUGCUGAAUUAGGGGUAACGAAUCAAUUUGGAAAGCCUUUUCCAUCAGCUGGUUUCACAUCUGUUUAUGUAGCUGCGCAUGAAAUGGGACACAAUUUAGGAAUGCAUCAUGAUUCAACAGGAAACACAUGUCCAAAAGAUGGCUAUAUAAUGUCUCCUAGCAGAGGUACUUAUGGAGAGACUAUUUGGUCAGAAUGUAGUAGGGAAGUAGCACAAAAACUUCCAUAUACAAAAUCUUGCCUUAGAGAUAAAUCAAUUCGUUCUUCGAUGAAUAAUCGACUAGAUCAUACUAGAUUCUUUAAUCUCCCAGGAAGAGAAUGGACCGCUAAAAGGCAAUGUGAACUGUUUCUCCGAGAUAAAGAUGCCAUAGUAGCCACAUUCUAUAAAGUUUGUGAAUCUUUGCAAUGUAAAAUUCCUCAUAGAAACGAUUAUUAUUUCGCUGGACCAGCUCUAGAUGGAACUUAUUGCGCACCAGGAAAAGAGUGUCGUGGUGGUGAAUGUAAAAACGUCUUGCAAAUUUAUCCUGGUUUGAAUAAUCCUUCUAUUGAGUCAGGUGGAUGGAGUGAAUGGAAAACAGGACCUUGCAAAAGUGGAUGUCUAUUGAAGUCUACCGGUACUCAAAUAAGACAACGAUUUUGCAACACAUCAAUACCAAAAAACACUGAAAUUGAUUGCCAGGGAUUGCAUUUCGAUAUUAUCCUUUGUAGAGAUGAAAAUCUAUGCAAUAAAAAACGUAAAAAUAUAAAUGAGUUCGCGACAUUAAAAUGUGGCGAAUUCAGUGAAAAAUUGCCAGAAUUGGACGCCAAAAGUAGUGGGUUACAAGCACUGCACGAACCCGAAAGACCAUGGAUGGCCUGUGCUAUAUUUUGUCGACGAAAAGACAUAGCAUCUUAUUACACACCGCGUGUGGAAUUAAAUGACCUUGGCCUUGACCCAUACUUUCCAGAUGGUACAUGGUGUCAUACUGAAGAGGGACAAAAUUAUUUUUGUCGCCAGCAUCACUGUCUGCCCGAAAGUUUUCAUUUUGAAAAAACGCUACUGAAUGAUCGUCAAAACGACGACACAGAAUUUAGUCUUCAAAAUGUAAAAGAAAUUCGUCAUAAUGAUCAAGUAGUCAAAUAUUUGAGUUUGAAGCCUGAUGGAUUAUCCUUUUUGACCUCUCUCCCAUACAAUAUUAGAUUUCCAACAGACGAGAAUGGAUCGAUAAAGAUUAUAUAGAAUUGAUUAAACUAACAGAGCAAGCAUUUUUCAAAUUAUUACAUAAAAAAAAGGAUAAAAAAAGAAUGUAAAUGACUUUCUCGUAAUAGAAUUUCAUGAUUUUUAUUUUUUUUUAAUAUCAGUAUUAAUUACUUAUUAAAAGUUUUCUAUUGAUUUCAAUUUUUUACUUUAUUUUGAUAAGAUCAUAAUAUGAAAUCAUAUGUUUUAAGAUAAACAAAUAGUUACAAAGAUUUUAGAUUAUUAAUAUCAAAUAUACAUUUUUCUUUUUUUUUCCUUACUAUAAUUUUCUCAUUAUUGUUUAAUCAUUUCUUUUUUAUUAUACGUACAGUAUAAAUAUAAAUAUAUCAAUAUAUCAGAAAAUUGUAUAUAUAUCUACACGGUUUCACUACACGGUUGUGUGAAAGUAUCUCUGGGAGAUAGGAUAAUGACGUCACUUUGCUGUCUAUUUUAAGAAUGUCUCGAUGUUAUAUCCACUAUAGGAGCGAUCAUGAGACAAGGAAUGAAUAAAAAUACAGAAUUGUGUCACUUAAUUGUAUCGAUAUUAUUUUAGCGUACAAAUAAUUAACCAACCAUUAAAAUUAAGAAGACGCGUUACAUAAGAAAAUCAGCUCGAUAUUACAAAUAGUUGUUUAUACACUGCUUUUAUAUGACAAAGCCUUCCACCAAUCAUUAUGAAGUUGAACAAAAUUAAUGAGGAAAAUACAAUUUUCUUUAGAAUUUUUAAAUGUAUUAAUCCUCUUUUUUUUAUUAUCAUAUUAAUAUUAUCAUAAUAAUUUAUUGAAAACAAUAACAAAUCGAAUCAUGAUAUAUAAAAAAUCAAGUAAAGUAUAAGAAAUAUGAUUGUUGAACAAAAUGAUGGUGGUAUAAUUUGUCAUGCUUUUGCAGAUUUACUGCUCAUACAAAUCAGACGCACUGUAUACAUUUACAUUAAAGAAUACUUACAGACCAUACACACAUACAUAAACUUACAUUCAUUCAUUCAAAUAUAUUUGUAUACAUAAUACAUACUCUGAAUGUACAAAAUGAACAAAAUGAAGCAGAUCGCAUUCAUACAGAGUUGCGCUAUAACAAAUUCACUCUGUUAAAUAUAACUUAAUGUAAAUAUAUUCAAUCUUAAUUACUAUUUAGGAUCUUCCUUCCCGCGUGUAAAGGCAAAAUACGUUCCACUGUGCUACCAAAACAUUGAUGAUCCAUUUUUUCAUUCUAAUGAACAUAAAUUUGCCUAAA